CGUAAGACGCGCGCAAAUUGAUCGUUGGCUAUUUUGAAUGACUGAAAUACGGACGAGUUACGUCUACGCAUCUGUAAGAUUCAUUUUGUACAGUUUGCCAGGCUGGUUCUUUUUUUAUUAUUCGUAUUGGAAUUGGAAGUUUGUUUGUUUUACUGUCUUAGUUGCUAUCGGAUCUUUGAAUGAGUCCAGUUAGAGGAAGUCUACUUGCAGGAAUUGCUUUGCUACGGUCUACAUGUUUACAACAUUUCACCAUCAAGGCAUUUCCUUCAAUGUAAAUGAUUUAACCGACUUGCAGAAGGUCCCAUAGCUGCUUUGUCAGUGAUGAUUGUGGCGCACACGGCAUGGAGAGGAACAUUGGAGACCAGCUCAACAAAGCUUUCGAAGCUUAUCGCCAGGUCUCAAUUGAAAAGGACAAUGCCAAAAAGGAACUGCAGCAAAUGUCGGACUAUUAUCAGCAAUACACGCAAAAACUCCAAAGACAGAUAGAAGACCAGCAGCAGCUGAUUGCGCAACUGAAAGCUCAGCUGUCCACAGCGAGGAAACCGUCAGGGGAUCUGAAAUGCCAGUCGUGCAACCAUCUGGUUGAUGGGGCCAGAGCACACGGAGAAACACAGCAUCCGGAGACUAUAAGCACCGUUGCUCCUCUGAAGACCGUCUUGAACGGUGUUGACUAUCAGGACAUGCUGGAUGCACUGGAAGCCAUUCACGGGACCUUUCGGCAGAUUCGCUCGCUCUCCCGAAGGCAAAAAGAUCACCUGAAGAGAUUUCAUGGAGGAAUAGACGCUGCAAAUGAUCAGCAGUUCUCCAUGCCCAUCCAGUGCACCGACCGCGCAGCAGAAGCCGACGACCCCCUCUUCUUGGCCUCGAGGUCGACGACGGACAUUCCUCUGGUGCCCGCGUCGCUGGCGUCACGCGGCGCCAGCCCCGACAACCGGGACUUUGUAGACUCACUCACCAAGUUCAGUGUCAAGUUCCCGCCUCCCGUGGACAGCGAAUACGACUUCCUGAACAGCGCCCCUGAGAGGCCCGUCGCUCUGACCAUGCCGGCCAGGCGGCCUCUCUGCAGCAUCCUUUCGGCGGGCGACGAGGAAGCGGGUGAGGAGGGGGAACGAGAGGAGGAGCAGGAGCCCUCGGAGCCGCCGGUGCCUUUUGUCAUCCCGAUGUUCCCCUCCCACACGACAUCCUCCUCGCUCUCACAAGAGGACGUUCGCGGCCCCCAACAGCUUUCUUGGCCUCAGUCUCUGUGGAGCCCCGAGCUGUGCGAGGCGGCCGACAUGGCGGCGCAGAUGGUAAGCGGAAUCCCGGAUAAAUGCGCUUUCUGCCACGCUGUGGUUCCUCAGGAGCAAAUGAAUGGCCACCUCUACUCGCACUUCUCCAAACGCGCCGCUGACUUUGUGGCGCCCCAACCCAGAGACUUCAUGCCUGCAGCUGGGAUUUUAUGAUGAUGCAUCAUGAGGAAAUAAAGCCAACCAUCAUUUUUUUUAUUAAA